AUGGCUGGCCCUAUCGAUAGGCUUCAGACAGAGAGUGGGACUAUCUCUCCAACUCGAGCAUUCCUCUCGGGUCUCCUACCUUUUGUAAUUAGGUGGUGGUUCUUCGUGAUCCCCGGCUUGAUCGUUGUGCGCGCGCUGUACAGGAAAUAUGCUUCACCACUGCGAAAAUAUCCUGGCCCAUGGCUGGCCUCGGUGACGAGGUUAUGGAAGGUGAUCUCAACAGCCUCGACCCACACCCACCUUGAGCACAUCGAGCUGCACAAGAAAUACGGGCCCAUCGUGCGGAUCGCACCCAAUGAAGUUUCCAUUUCAUCUCCUGAGGCCGCGCGCACUCUUCUAUCUGCAGGGAAGCGUUUCUACAAGACGAAGUUCUAUGGUGUCUUCCCACCUCCGGAAAACCCAGACAUCUUCACCGAGUACCGAGAAGACGUCCACGCCCAGAAGAAGAAGGUCGCCAACGUGCCCUACAGCAUGGCGGCUAUGCAGCAGCUAAGCCCUUUUAUCGACGACACCAUCGAGGUGCUGAUGCAGAAGAUAAAUGCAGCUGCAGUAGGACCGGCCAAUGGAUAUGUCAAGGAACUCUCCAAUUCCAAUGGCCCUAUAGUGGACCUCGGCAACUGGCUUCACUGGUUUGCAUUCGACGUCCUGGGUGAGGUGGCAUUCAGCCGGAGCUUUGGGUUCCUGGAGCAGGGACGAGAUGUCGACGGCGCGAUCCGCACAAUUGAUGAUAUGCAGCGCUACAACGGUAUUGUGGGACAGGUGCCGUUCAUGGACUACCUCUUGAGGAGGAAUCCAUUGCGCAGUCUGAUCCCCGGGCUGUCAACAAAGGAUGCACUCAUCACCCGCAUGGCUCUUGAGGAGCUCGAGCGGAGAAAGCCUUUUGACAAGGAGAGCGAGGGCAAGUGGAGGGGAGGUGACGGCCGGCAGGAUUUGCUGGCCAGUUUGAUCAAGGGCCAUCUGAAGGAUCCCCAGAAGUUUGGUGAGGGCGAUGUCUUUGCUGUCGCUCAUGGUGCGAUCUUCGCCGGUUCCGACUCAACCGCCUCGACCAUGCAGUCUUUCUUCUGGCAAGUCCUCUCCGACAGCCGUGUGUACGCCCGCAUCCAGGAGGAGAUGAAGAAGGCGGUCGCUGAAGGCACUAUCCCUCCCACGGGCAACAUCUCCUGGAACGAGUCCCAGAACCUGCCAUACUUCCAGGCGUGUCUCAAGGAGGGUAUGCGCGUCCGCCCCGCCGUCGGCCUCAACAUCGCGCGCCUGGUUCCCCCCGAGGGCGCCGAAAUCGAUGGCCAGUCCUUCCCCGGCGGUGUGACCGUCGCUGUUAAUGGGUGGGUUCUGCACCGCGACAAGGCCACCUUCGGGGAGGAUGCGGACGUUUACCGGCCGGAGCGCUGGCUGGGCGACGCCGAGGAGGCGAGGAGGAUGGAGAGGUAUAUGUUCCAGUUCGGCGGUGGAAGCCAUGUCUGCAUCGGCCGCAACCUUGCUCUACUCGAGAUCAACAAGGUCGUUCCUCGGCUUCUACGGGACUACCAUUUUGAGCUCGUCAACCCGGGCAGGGAAUUGCAAGCCCACGCCACCUUCUUCGUUGUGCAGGAAGGGUUGGAGGUUUACAUCACCAAGAAAUAG